AUGCUGCCGUACCUGUUCCCCGAUCUGUCCACCUUUACUACAGUCGCCGAUCUUAUCACCCACCUUCGCACUAGUGAUGCUCGCCUGCGUGCCGCCCUUCCCACCGAGUUCUGCGCUAAGAACCCCCCUCCACUGUACUGGACACUCCACUUCAUAGUCACCCGUCUCCCUGACACCCUCCGCUCAGUUCGAGACCACUUCCUUGCUCGCUGUCCCACUGAGCUCACAGUCGCCCUCCUAGAGGAGCACCUGCUCGCGGCCGAAAAGAGCAUUGUAGCUGUCGGUGCUGCUCGUGGCGCUCCUCGCACCCCCAUCUUUGAGGGGUGUUCUCCCUCUCCCCUCGCUCCCUCCUACGCUGCUGCUGCUGCUGUUGACUUCCUUGGUGCUGACUCCCAGCAGCAGCAGCGUCCCCAGACGACCCAGCAGCUUCGUGAGUGGCUUGCUCAGCGUGGGACGUCGGGGGCCAGUGCCCGCUGUUCUUAUGUCAUUCGCACAGGUGACCGCAAGGGACAGACGUGUGGGAGGUUCCACACCCCGUACCGCUGCUUCUCCCGCCUUGACGACGCUUGGCGUGAGGAGAUGGGUGCGGAUGUUGAGCGCCCCCGCUGGGCUGAGCUCAUGAGGGCUGGUGUUGAUGUCUUUGCUCUUGACUAUGAUGCUAUUAUUGCUGCCAUGUAUGCAUUGACUGUUAGUGCCGAGGGAGACUGUUACUUGUGUGUGCCGCCUGACCCAGGUAUAGAGCCCGCUGCCCUGGGUACUAGUGAGUCUGCUCUCUCUGGUAUGGUGCCCCCUGUACUUGCUCCCUCCAGUGCUGUCCCGGCUGGUUUCGAGUCUGCUCUCUCAGGUACAGCACCCACAGAGACUGCUCUCUCAGGUACCGCACCGGCUGAGGCCUGUCACACCUUCACCCUUGACUCAGUCCUUGCCCAGUCUACCACUGUCCUCCCUUGUCCGGCGGUUCCGUCUGGCUCGUUGUCGGGUUUCCACCUCCCCUCGUUCUCGACGAACCUGGUGAGCAACGCUGUCCUCCAGGAUCAGUGGGUUGACACCUUUACCCCUGGCGGACAGCGUGUGGCGAUCUGCACGUGCUCCAGGACCGGCCGUCACCUGGCCACGUUCACCCGUCGGCCGGGGUCGAGUCUCUACACACUGACCACUGCGUCUCCCCAGGUAGCUGCUGUCGGUCAGGUGUCUGAGUCAGGUCUGGUGGCCCACGCCUCCCGCGUUCGUGGUCAGGGCGGUGAGCGGUAUUUUUUGCUGGUUGUCGACGACUACUCGCGUUACACCACGGUCUUCCCCUUGCGCACCAAGGGUGAGGUCCCUGCUGUUCUGAUCCCUUGGAUCCGCACGGUUCGUCUCCAGCUCCGCCGCCGUUUCCGGACGGAUCUUCCUGUCCUGCGUCUGCACUCUGACAGAGGUGGUGAGUUUUCCUCCGACCUCUUGAGGACCUUCUGUCAGGCGGAGGGCAUCGAGCAGACCUUCACGCUUCCGGACUCCCCACAGCAGAAUGGGGUUGCUGAGCGUCGCAUUGGCCUGGUCAUGGAGGUCGCCCGUACCUCCUUGGUCCACGCGGCGGCUCCCCAUUUUCUGUGGCCGUUUGCUGUCCGGUACGCCGCGCAUCAGCUCAACCUCUGGCCCCGUGUCUCCUUGCCGGAGACCUCGCCCACACUGCGUUGGACGGGGGAGGUUGGCGAUGCGUCGCGCUUCCGGGUGUGGGGUGCUCGUGCCCUUGUCCGCGAUACCUCCUACUGGUGCUGA